ACCUCGGCGCUGGUGCACAGUGAGAACCGUGGCCGUGGGAGACGGCCGACCACUCUCCCUCCUCCUCCUUCUCCUCGUCCUCCUCUUCCUCCUCGUCUUCUUCCCCCGUGACUCCUCCGCUGUUCUGACUGCAUGUUCAGCCAAACUUCCUCCCUCCGCAUCUUCAUUUCGGCCCCGACGCAGCCCGGGCGAGCAUGGACAGUCGGGUCCUCGAGCAUCCUCACGCCCAGUUCGGAGGCUCGCUGGGCGGACUGGUGGGCUUCCCGUACCCUCUCGGUACCCAUCACCACCACCACCACCAUCACCACCAGCAUCACCAGCAGCUCUACGAGCUCACCAGCGCGCACCAGCUGCAGUCCUCAUCCGCCGUCCCCUUCUCCAUAGACGGAUUACUAAACGGCUCCUGCUCGGCCUCGGUGGUCGGCUCCAACCCGCUCCUGACGUCCGACAGCCCGCAGUACAAACUCUCAGACUCCGGAGACCCCGAAAAAGACAGCCCCGGGUGUAAACGCAGAAGAACCAGGACCAACUUCACCGGAUGGCAGCUGGAGGAGCUGGAAAAGGCUUUUAACGAGAGUCACUACCCGGACGUCUUCAUGCGGGAGGCGCUGGCCCUGCGUCUGGACCUGGUGGAGUCCAGGGUUCAGGUUUGGUUCCAGAAUCGGCGAGCCAAGUGGAGGAAGAAAGAGAACACCAAGAAGGGCCCUGGUCGACCGGCGCACAACUCCCACCCGACCACGUGCAGCGGCGAGCCGAUGGACCCAGAGGAGAUCGCCCGCCGCGAGCGAGAGCGAGCCGAGAAGAAGAAGCGCAAGCAGGAGAGGAAGCUUCUGAAGGCCCAGAACAAGCUGCUCCCGGGCGAGAGCUUCCACACGCCCGGCGGCUCGGAGAGCGACAGCGGCGUGUCCCAGUUCACCGACAGUGAGCAGCAGCCCACAAGCGUUAAUGGGAAUAUUCACCUGGAGCUGUCGACCGCCAAGGUCGCGGGAGGACACCAAGGCGAGUCGGGGUGUGACCCAACAAGACAGGACUUCGGCUCCAUGCAAAACCAAAGAAGUACCGGGGAAGCGGAGCAGGUGUCUCCAGGCAGCACCCACAGUUCCAGCCCUGGGGGGCCCAGGGCUUCGGCCCUGCAGAAAUGCAACCCCUUCAGCGUGGAGAGCCUUCUGUCGGACGCCACACCUCGCCGGAAAUGCCCGCUGGACUUCCCCUCGCUGGCCAAUCAGAGAACACUGGUGGGCAAAGGUCACUUCCUGCUUUAUCCUCUGGCCCAUCAGCCUUUGGGCUUUUUAGUGCCCCAAUCGGCGCUGAAGGCCACGCCAUGUGACAUCAACAGACUAGAACAGCAGUGUGCGCCGAGUGAAGGGAACGUUGCGCCCUUUGACCUGACGAGACCUACGAACUCUGACCCCAUGGAGAACCACACGCAGCUCCAUGAACGCAGCAGAGAGGAGUGUGAGGCCGCAAAACUGCGGGUUUCCCCGCCCGCCCGCCCGGACUCCUCGCAGUCCUGCGACGGCUCAAGAGCUCAGAUGGAGGACGUGUCCCACGACCGCUGCCGAUCCUCCGAGCUGAAGGAGGAUGGUCCGGCGGCAGACGGUGUCCAGACGGACGGAGAGGACGUGGACAUGGACUAACCCGGGCGCAAACGCAGAACUGGUCCAAACAUUCCCAAAGCUCAGCUGAGAAAACAUAUCAGGAGUCAGACGACGAAACUCUCAUCUAUUUUUUGACCAGGUGUGUUCAAUCCAGACCACCACUCCAGAAGCUGGUUCUUUCUUGUCAACAGAGCUGCGCUUCAGUACAAGUCUCACAACGAAACUCCUCAGAUGUUCGCAGACGUGCCGCACCCGCUUGAGAGAGAAUUUCAGCCCACGUUUGAUUUUUAAAGACACUACAUUGUACAUUUGUCAAGUUAUAGUAAUGACGUAAAAAUACAGAUAACGCCUUCAAAGAUAAAUAAGAAUGAUAAUUCUUAAUUUCAUUAUUUCUUUUUGAUUAAAAAAAACAUUGAGUUAUAAAAUUGUAAAAAAGAAAAACUAAAAGUUAUUUAUAUUAAAUAUAAGACAUGUUACAGUGCGGAUUCAAUGAAUGAACAAUGGUACGUUAAAUAUAACAAAAUUGUUUUUAGAAAAUGGAAAUUCAUUUACAAAAACGAUAUUCAUUUUUGUUUUUUUGCUUCUUGAACUCUGUAUGUUUGAAGAGUGACGUCUCACUGUUGAGCACAGGGGGCACCAGGAAGAUUCAUAUCUUGCUUAGUAAACCCCCCACCCCGAUCGUCUUUAAGCAGAUGGGCUGUCUGUACUUCUCAAGCGCCUGCGACACUUCCGUAGA